AUGCUGGAGCUGUUGUGCGGGGCUGGCGCGAUCGCCGCUGCCGUGGCGGACGCGGGCCACGGCGCGUUCGGCCUGGACCGGCGACGCAGCCCUCUGGAGGACCGCGUGGCGCCUGCCUUCAGAAGCACCGUCCUCGGCUGGAUCAAGUCUCGCGCCGCCGUCGCGGUCUGGCUAAGCGCCCCUUGCACGGGCUGGAUCUGUGCCUGGCGACAUCCUCUGAGGUCUGACCGCUUCAUUUUUGGCCUGCCCGCCUUGGCUGGUACUGAGCAAGCCCGCGCGGGCGCGGGCAUCGCCACUGUUACAAUCCAACGGCUUCUCGUUUGCAUUGCCGCUCGCGUGCUCGUCUUUCUCAAGGACCCAAGGACAUCCCAGCUCUGGCUUUGCCCCGAGUUCCAGAGAUUAUUCCAGAGCUGGGCAUGUCGUCAUAUUGUCUUGCGUCAGUAUCAGCACAACGCCUCAUAUAACAAGGCGACCACCAUCGUGCCAUGGCACGCUUGCUCGACGCUCGCCCUGCGGCAUCGGUGCACAGGUAAGCGUGGCCUGUACAGCCGCACGGAUACUCGGUAUGAGAGUUUGGACAGCAGCGACGAUCAGGGGCAGAAGAAGACUGCAGUCGCUUCGGCGUAUCAGCUCCCGCUCGCCCAGGCUGCGGCCCAGUGCAUCGUCGAAACCCAUCCCAUCCAGCCCGUUCGGGCCCGUCAUCUCCUAGCUAUGUGUUGA